AUGGAGAAACAUUUCAAAAAUGAAAUUAAAGAAAUUACCAAUGACCAUUGUUGCUUAGUGUUAGGUUGUUGUCAUCUGGCUGUUGAUCUUCUCAGAUUUUUCACCAUGUAUCUAAAGAUUGUCCUCAUCAGCAUUUCAGCCUUGCUUCUCCAACAUAUAUGCGGUUUUAUAUACCAAUUUUGUUUCAAGUUAACUAUAUAUAACCAUUCACCAGGACCAUGUAAAUAUAUUGCUGGUGUUGAAAAUGGCUCUGAAGAUAUGCAUACUUUACCAAAUGGCUUGACAUUCAUCACUUCUGGUUUUCUUGUUGAUUACCUCGUCCAGGGUAAGAACACUAAUAGUAUGGGACGUGUCCUUCUCUAUGAUAUGUCUAAAGACAGUAACCAAGAAAUCAUUGAAUUAGAACUCGAGAAUUUUCAUCCUCAGAGAUUUGUUCCUCAUGGUAUCAGUGCUUGGCAAGAUGAUAAUGGGAAAGUCACUGUUUUUGUGGUAAAUCAUUUGGUGAAAGGAGACCAAAUCGAGUCCUUUGAAUAUCUUCCAGAGAAAAAAGCACUUCGACACGUAACUUCAUUUAAAGAUGGCAGCAUGAGAAAUGUAAAUGAUGUGGUGGCUACCAGCAACAAAACCUUCUAUUUCACCAACUGGUCACACUACAGGAAUUUUAUUGGCAGACUCCUCGAGAUGUUCUUGCUUUUGCCAUGGACCCAUGUAUACUACCAUGAUGGCGAGGUUUACCGAUUGGUUGCUGAGGAUUUAGUUAUGGCUAAUGGCAUAGCGAUGUCAAAUGAUGAAAAGUUUAUCUAUGUUGCCUGUACAAUGACAAAAGAUAUCAAAGUGUUUAAACGAGACACAGACAAUCGGCUUGUAUUUCACCAGGAAUUUAUGCUGGACUCAAUUGUUGAUAACCUCUCUGUUGAUCCUGAGGGUAAUAUAUGGGCCGGGUGUCAUCCUAGAUUUUUGAGCGUUGUGAGUUACAUGGACAACUAUACUCUUGGUUCACCUUCUCAGGUUUUAAAGCUUGAAGUAAAAAAUGGAUUGAUAAAAUCAAUGAAAGAGAUCUAUUCCAACGAUGGAUCCAUGCUGUCUGGUUCCAGUUCAGCUUCAUUUUAUCGAAACCACACACUUAUCGGAAGUAUGUGGGAAAAGUUAGUAAUAUGUGAUGUUCUUUAUAUGUAAUUUAAUAUUCCUUAAACUAGAUUAUAAAAUAUUCAACCAUGAA